CUUUAUUGUAUCAUAAGAAGAAGAAGAAGAAGCCAGCGGUAGAUUCAUGUCCGUCAGACUGACGUCAGUUCACCGGUGAGAAUGAAGACUCUGAUGGUGUUUGAUUUUGACCACACUGUGGUCGAUGACAACAGUGAUACCUGGGUGAUCAGAUGCCUUCCAGAUCAGACUCUCCCUGACUCUGUGAAGAAUUCCUACAGAAAAGGCCACUGGACUGAGUUCAUGGGUCGAGUGAUGAACUACAUAGGAGACCAGGAGGUCAGCCCUGACAGGGUCCGAAGUGUGAUGGAGACCAUCCCCUUCACAGCUGGAAUGACAGACCUGCUGACAUUCAUAUCAGAGAAUAAAAGCACCAUCGACUGCAUCGUCAUCUCCGACUCCAACACCAUGUUCAUAGAAUGGAUCCUCCACGCAGCUGGGCUCCAGGUGGCUGUUGACCAGGUUUUCACCAACCCAGCUAAGUUCAACGAGCUCGGGUACUUGGAGGUGCAGUGCUACCACUCUCACGAUUGCGAUCGAUGCCCCGUCAACCUCUGUAAGAGGAAAGUCCUGGAGCUUUACCUGUCAGGGCGGUCUGAUGUAAGUGUGGAGUAUCAGCGUAUAUUUUACGUGGGCGAUGGCGGGAACGAUUUCUGCCCUACUUCCUGUCUGAGGAGGCAUGAUGUUGUGAUGCCCAGGAAGGGGUUCACCCUGGAGAAACUGCUGGCCAAACGUGAAGGGCAGGAACACGACACUUCUUUGAGAGCCAGAGUCCUUGCCUGGAGCAGCGGCACAGACAUCCUCCAGGAACUGAAGGCUACUAUGUAGAUGUAGGCAGCGCCCAUUUAGAACAAUAUUUUACUGACUUCUCUGUUGUAAAGGAAAUAUUGCAAAUGGCUGGUCAGCACUGUAGGGUGCUCUUGCUGUUCCCUGUAAGAUUCUUUUAAAUAAUUACAGUUUUUAUCAUACUAAAAGUAAAGGUAAAUCAAGGUUGAUUUGAACAAACAAAUGGUUGCUUUCUUGUUAAGAAUCAGAUGACAGGAAUAAUACCUCUGAUAAGCCUGGUCAGUUAAUAUAAAGCUAGCAGUUGUUAGCUCAGCCCAACGUAAAGACUGGAAGCCGGUUGAAACACUGAGCAUCACAGCAGUUGUAGAGCUGAAUAGCAUUAUGUCCUAAUCCAGACAAAUUAAUCAUAAUGUGUUGAUUGUGGUUAGGGAACAACUUGCUUCCUGUAUUUUUGCCACUCUAAACUAAUCCCCUCCUGUCUUCAUACUAAACAGACUGACAUUAGAGUAUAGCUUCAUGGUUAGCUACCAGGAAGAACAAGCAAUUAGGCAUAAUUCCCCCAAGUUACUCUUAUUAGUAUACCCCAUCCCCCAGACCAGUGUUCAAGUUUCAGAUCAGCUGUGGUUACCAUGUUCCAUCAUGUUGUUCACCCAUCAGUACUUGAUAUGAGAGGGAAGAAUAUAGGAGAUCACUUAUUGGUUAUGUGUUAAGCCUUUGUGCAACCUUUAGCUAACAUAUGUUUAAAAGAUGAUUAAAGUAUCAGUAAUUCUAUUAUUUAUGAUUUACUGACACACUCCUUUUUAAACACCUCUGUUUACAGCAGCCAUGUAGCUGCCUCCACAUAGAUUUACAUCAGUUUCCUUUAAUAAGAUUGAAGAAAUCAAACAGUAUUUUCAUCUUUAUAGAAACUUUAGACUUGUUUAUAAAAACUGCAGACUGCCCUUUCACGUAAAUUGCUAAUAAUGUCAAAGCAGUUUAAUGUUAUUUUUUUUAACUGAAUUCACUGUUUUUAACAUUUUUACAUCUCAGGUCUUAGGUUUGAGGUCAUCCAUGUUAACUCUGUGUUUUUUUGAAUGACAUAAACCUUAUAACUUUAAGCUAAAUGAACAAAAAGUCAUCAUUAUACAUUGUCCCAGAGGUUUACUUGAGUAAUGUGGAUAACAUUUCUGAACAAAGUGUUUUUCCAUUCGUCCAUCCACUGAAUGCUUCUCAUGUUUUCAGGCUUUGUUCAGUCAUAUUAUCCAGAAUCUGUGCCAAUAUCACCACAGUCCUGGGACUUAAUCCAGGUUUAUUUUAAAGUUAACACUGGACUGUAGUGUUGUUGUUAAAGUGCUGUGCUAAUGCACCAGCAAUUAUUCAAAGGGAAUUUAAAUGUUCAGGAAAACGUGUUUUGAGAUUUGUGUGUGACACUUGCGGCAACAUGCUAACAUACAUUAUAUA